AGAAAUGGGCUUUGGAGUUUCUGGGCGCUGAAGAUCCAGGGGCCCCUCCGCCCGCGGGCCCGGGGAGUCGACGGCGUGGAGCUGCGCCAGACCCGCGACCUACCGCUGAGUAAAUCCGAUCCAGCGUGCGGCGACUCACAGGCGUCAUGGGGUCGAAGCAGCCGCCGGGGUCUCCGCUGUCUCGCGAGGAGGGUGAAGCGCCGGCGCCGGCUCCCGCGCCUGAGGGUAGGCGGAGAAGUCGCCGGGUCCGCCUUCGCGGAUCCUGCCGUCACCGACCCAGCUUCCUGGGCCGCCGGGAGCUUGCCGCGAGCUCCCCAGCCGGGGCCGCGCCUGCAUCCCCCGAGAUAAUGGCAUCAGCUGCUAAAGAAUUUAAAAUGGACAACUUUUCACCUAAAGCUGGCACUAGCAAAUUGCAGCAGACAGUACCAGCUGAUGCAUCUCCUGAUUCUAAGUGUCCUAUAUGCUUGGAUAGAUUUGAUAAUGUGUCUUACUUAGAUCGCUGCUUACAUAAGUUCUGUUUUCGCUGUGUACAGGAGUGGUCAAAAAACAAAGCUGAAUGUCCACUAUGUAAACAGCCCUUUGAUUCUAUUUUCCAUUCUGUGAGGGCAGAAGAUGACUUUAAGGAGUAUGUCUUAAGGCCUGCAUAUAAUGGUUCCUUUACUACCCCUGAUGUUCGGCGAUUUCGCUACCGUACAACCAUGACAAGGGAGCGGAAUGCAUCUGUUUAUUCACCUAGUAGCACCGUGAAUAGAAGAACAACCACUCCGCCAGACAGUGGAGUACUAUUUGAAGGAUUAGGCAUUUCAGCAAGACCUAGAGAUGUUGAAAUUCCUCAAUUUAUGAGACAGAUUGCAAUAAGGAGGCCAACUAAUGCAGAUGAACGAUCUUUACGGAAAAUUCAAGAACAAGAUAUUAUUAAUUUUAGACGAACUCUCUAUCGUGCAGGUGCUCGAGUUAGAAAUAUUGAAGAUGGUGGCCGCUACAGGGAUAUCUCAGCAGAAUUUUUCCGUAGAAAUCCAGCUUGCCUUCAUAGAUUAGUCCCCUGGCUAAAACGUGAGCUCACAGUUCUUUUUGGAGCUCAUGGAUCUUUAGUCAAUAUUGUCCAGCACAUCAUCAUGAGUAAUGUGACUCGCUAUGACUUGGAGAGUCAGGCGUUUGUGUCUGACUUAAGGCCAUUUUUACUUAAUCGAACUGAGCAUUUUAUACAUGAAUUUAUCAGUUUUGCUCGAUCUCCUUUUAAUAUGGCAGCUUUUGAUCAACAUGCCAAUUAUGAUUGCCCUGCUCCUUCAUAUGAAGAAGGCAGCCAUUCUGAUUCUUCAGUCAUAACAAUAUCUCCAGAUGAAGCCGAGACCCAAGAACUGGAUAUGAACAUUGCCACUGUUAGUCAGGCACCGUGGGAUGAUGAAACUCCAGGACCAUCUUACUCAAGCUCAGAGCAGGUACAUGUUGCCAUGUCUUCCGUUUUAAAUACUUCGGACAGCUCAGAUGAAGAACUUGUCACAGGCGGAGCCACAUCUCAGAUACAAGGUGUGCAAACCAAUGAGGACCUAAAUAAUGACAGUGAUGAUUCUUCAGAUAAUUGUGUCAUCGUUGGGUUUGUUAAACCACUAGCUGAGCGGACCCCAGAACUUGUUGAACUGUCCUCUGAUUCUGAGGAGUUAGGCUCGUAUGAGAAAAUGGAGACAGUGAAGGCACAAGAACAAGAGCAGUCUUACAGUUCCAGUGAUAGUGAUGUGAGUAGAUGUUCAUCUCCACGCUCUGUCCUUGGAAAGAAUGAGCAAAUGAAUAAAGGCCGUUGUGAUUCUGGUACAAGAAUCAAAUCAAAGAAGGAAGAAAAACGAUCUACAUCAGUAUCAUCUCCCAGAGACCUGAGAGGAGACAGAGUAAAUUCCCUGUAUAACCAUAGACACAGGAAGAGGGGAAGAUCAAGAAGUUCAGAUUCACGGUCCCAAAGUAGAAGUGGGCAUGAUCAGAAAAAUCAUAGAAAACAUCAUGGGAAGAAAAGAGUGAAGAGCAAACGAUCCAGAAGCAGGGAGAGUAGUAGACCUAGAGGGAGAAGAGACAAAAAGAGAUCACGAACUAGAGAUAGCAGUUGGUCAAGAAGAAGCCAAACUCUCUCUCUAAGUAGUGAAAGCACAAGCAGAUCAAGGUCUCGUAGCAGUGAUCAUGGGAGAAGAAGAUCACGGAGCAGAAAUAGAGAUCGUUACUAUUUAAGAAAUAAUUAUGGAAGCAGAUACAAGUGGGAAUAUACUUACUAUAGUAGAAACAAGGACAGGGAUGGCUAUGAAUCAUCUUAUAGGAGGAGGACUCUGUCUAGAGCCCACUAUUCCAGACAAUCUUCAAGUCCAGAAUUUAGAAUUCAGUCUUUUUCUGAAAGAAAUGCCAGGAAAAAGAAUAAUCACAAUGAAAGGAAAUAUUACUAUUAUGAAAGGCACAGAUCAAGGAGCCUGUCUAGUAAUAGAUCAAGGACUGCAUCUACAGGACCUGACCGAAUGAGAAAUGAAAAGCCUGGUGGGAAACGAAAAUAUAAAACACGGCAUUUGGAGGGUACUAAUGAAGUGGCUCAACCGUCCCGUGAGUUUGCUUCUAAAGUGAAGGAUAGCCAUUAUCAAAAAUCUUCAUCAAAAUUGGAUGGAAACUAUAAAAAUGAGAGUGAUAGCUUUUCAGACAGCCGAUCAUCAGACAGAGAGACAAAACACAAGAGGAGGAAAAGGAAAACCAGGAGCCUAAGUGUGGAGAUAGUUUAUGAAGGAAAAGCUACUGAUACAGCUAAACAUCAUAAAAAGAAAAAGAAGAAACACAAGAAGAAGCAUAAGAAACACCAUGGAGAUAAUACUUCACGGUCCCCAGUUGUUAUUACCAUUGACAGUGACAGUGAUAAGGAUUCUGAAGUCAAAGAAGAUACAGAAUAUGACAAUAAUGGUCUUCCAGACCCUCUACAUAAUGAGUUUUUGGCUCCUUCCUUGGAACCAUUCGAAACUAAAGAGGUUGUUACAAUAGAAGAUGAAUUUGGAGUCCUGGAUAAAGACUGUGACAUUACCACACUUACUAGCAACUUAAAUAAUGGCAACAAAACUGUGGAUGUUAUUCCACCCCAGGCAACUUCAGUUGAACAAACUCUUGACGUGAGAGAAGAGAGCACCUUUGCCUCUGAUUUGGAGAACCAGCCCAGUAAUGUGUCUCUUCAGUCUGAGCCAUUAAGGCAGUUGCCAUCUCCACGGACAUCAUUAAUGUCAGUGUCUCUUGGUAGAGACGGAUAGGUCUUAAAAGCAUCUCAUUGAGAGUUUUGAUGGUAUAAAAAGGAAAAAGAACAAUGUCAUCUAUUACAGUCUAUUUAAAGAUGACUUUAGAUUGAAAACUUUCCCCUUAAAAUAUUUUGUGAUUUUUUUGUGUUAAUUUGUAAAAAAAUCAUUAUUUGUUCAAAAAGUUAUGUAUGUCCCACUCUGAGAUAUGCACUUUUAAGUGAAGAAGAUAUUGUUAGCAGUUUAUUUAAAACUUGGGAUCCUUUUUAAAUAAAAACGUAUAAAUUUUAGAAGUUAUUUCAUAAAGCCAUAUGGUAUUGACAUUUUUAAGGUAGUCAAUGAGUAUUUUUGAAUUUUUUUUUUUAUUUUGAGAGUUAUUCUGGAAAUGUGUUAUGCUAGGAGAAUCCCUUUGGGCAGUCUUUAUUUUUCUUAAAAAUUUGUAUGAUUCAAAACUAUUUCUUUGGGAUAAAUUGAGAAGGCAUUUUAAUCUGCACAGUUUAUCUUCUGUCAGAAAAAUUUAGUAUUUUCCUUUAUAUACUUGUUUAUCUGGACUGCCAGUAAAACACAUGUGUAUUCAACAAAAGGAAGAAAAAAAUAAAACGGUAACACUUUAAAACAAGAA